AGGGCAGGCACAGUAGUUAUGAACGUGCAUGCGAAGUGAGAACUGCUCGUUCGUUGUUACCUUUCGUUUGUUGCGACUUUUCCUUCAUUGCGACUUUCCUUCAUUGCGACUUUCCUUCAUUGCGACUUUCCUUCAUUGCGACUUUCCUUCAUUGCGACGUUUCCUUCAUUGCGACUUUCCUUUGGCGCGAACCCCAUCCUACUUCCCCUCCAACGUUUUUGUUCCCCCCAACUUAGCAGCGACAAUGGCAGCCAAGCAUCACCCCGACCUGAUCAUGUGCCGCAAGCAGCCCGGGAUAGCCAUUGGCAGGCUAUGUGAAAAGUGCGACGGGAAGUGCCCCAUCUGCGACUCCUACGUGAGGCCCUACACCCUCGUGCGGAUAUGCGACGAAUGUAACUAUGGAAGCUACCAGGGCAGAUGCAUCAUUUGCGGAGGCACGGGCAUAUCGGACGCGUACUACUGUAAGGAGUGUUGCCUGUGCGAGAAGGACCGAGACGGCUGCCCCAAAAUCGUGAACCUGGGAAGCGCGAAGACGGACCUGUUUUACGAGAACAAGAAGUACGAGUUCAAGAGGCAGUAGCGGAAGGCGGCGUUGUUCGCGUCGUCCGCGUCGUCCGCGUCGUCCGCGUUGUUCGCGUUGUCCCCCUUGUCCGCGUUCGAAAUAUGGCUCGUGCGGGUA